AUGUCUCAACUACGUCUCACCAACGACCAGAAGCUGAGGAUUAUCAAACAUAAGGAUGAUCAUCCGAGCCUCUCCCGGACAGAGCUUGGAAACUGGAAGAAGGAGGCAUUCGGCCCCCCCAAAUCUAUGAUGAAGGAGGCAUUCGGCCUCCCCAAAUCUAUGACGCAGGCCUCAAUCAGCAAGAUCAUCGGCAUGAGGAAGGAGCUUGAAGCAAUGAGUCCAUCAGAGCUCUCUGCUAAGCGUCCCCGCUCAGUUCAACAUCCUGCCUUGAAGGAAGCAGUGGCUCUCUGGAUUUUGCAGUGCCAGCAUCGUGGAGUUGCCCUCAGUGGAGACCUUACAUGUGCCAAAGCUGCAAGAUUUGCAGCGUCCAUGGAUAUUCCGGAUGGAUCAAUCAAGUUUGCCUAUGGGUGGCUCUACAAAUUCCAGCAGCGCCACAAGCUAAGGGCCGUCCGUAUCCAUGGCGAGAGCGAUUCAGCUGAUGUGGCUGGGAUUGAAGCAGCUCUACCAGAGUUGCAAGCAGCCGUCGCUAAGUUUGCUCCCCGUGAUGUGUACAACAUGGACGAAACUGGUAAAUACUCCUGA